AUGACGUCAGCGACGCCGGAUCAGACUAAGAAAGUUGGAUUGGGGAUGACAGCAUCUCCGUCUCCGUUUCUGACACCUCGCCCGGAACGACGUCGUCCCGAUUCAAGAGGUUCCGAUUGGAACUCAAACCGUCAAGACAAGGAUAAAGAGACUAACGUCCAAGUUUUGCUUCGAUGCAGGCCAUUAAGUGAUGAUGAACAAAGGUCCAAUGUUCCCAAGGUGGUGUCAUGUAAUGAAAAUAAAAGGGAAGUCACUGUUAUGCAGACUGUGGCUAACAAGCAAGUUGAUAGAGUUUUCACCUUCGACAAGGUUUUUGGACCUAAAUCACAGCAAAGAUCAAUAUAUGACCAAGCGAUUGCCCCAAUUGUUAAUGAAGUUCUUGAUGGUUUCAACUGCACUGUCUUCGCUUAUGGCCAGACUGGGACUGGUAAAACUUAUACAAUGGAGGGUGGGAUGAGAAAAAAGGGUGGUGAUUUACCUGCCGAGGCUGGUGUCAUUCCAAGAGCAGUUCGUCAAAUUUUUGAUAUUUUGGAGGCACAAAAUGCUGACUAUAGCAUAAAAGUCACAUUUCUUGAGCUAUAUAAUGAAGAAGUAACUGAUUUAUUGUCCCCUGAAGAUAAUUAUAGGCUUAUAGAAGAAAAACAGAAGAAACCUGUAACCCUUAUGGAAGAUGGAAAGGGUUGUGUGGUUGUGAGAGGCCUUGAAGAAGAAUCAGUGUACAGUGUAAGUGAAAUUUAUAAUCUGUUGGAACGAGGAGCAUCAAAAAGGCGCACUGCAGAUACAUUGCUUAAUAAGAGAAGCAGCCGUUCACAUUCAGUCUUCACCAUUACUGUCUAUGUGAAAGAAACAGUAAUUGGUGAUGAGGAGUUAAUUAAAUGUGGCAAGCUUAAUCUUGUUGAUUUGGCAGGAUCAGAAAAUAUAUUGCGUUCAGGAGCACGUGAGGGCCGUGCAAGAGAAGCGGGGGAGAUAAACAAGAGCUUACUCACACUGGGACGUGUCAUAAAUGCGCUUGUGGAACAUUCUGCUCAUGUGCCUUACAGAGACAGUAAGCUUACAAGGAUUUUGCGAGACUCCUUAGGAGGGAAAACAAAAACAUGCAUAAUUGCUACUAUUUCCCCAUCUGCUUAUUGUUUGGAAGAAACACUAAGUACGCUAGACUACGCUAGUCGUGCAAAAAACAUAAAGAAUAGGCCUGAGGCAAACCAAAAAGUUUCAAAGGCUGUUUUGUUGAAGGACUUGUACAUGGAAAUCGAGAGAAUGAAGGAAGAUGUUCGAGCAGCAAGGGAAAAGAAUGGUGUAUAUAUUUCUCAUGAAAGAUUUGCCAUGGAAGAAGCUGAAAAGAAGGCAAGGAAUGAGAAGAUAGAGCAAUUAGAGAAUGACCUCAAUCUUAGUGAGAAACAAGUGAACAGUUUCCGUGAGCUCUAUUUAACAGAGCAAGAACAGAAACUGGAUUUGGAAAGCGAGCUCAAGGAUUGCAAGGUGAAUUUGGAAAAAACCAGCAACGUCUUGCAUGACCUUCAAGAGAAUUACAGGCUAGUAGUUUCAAUGUUGAAAGAGAAGGAAAGCACCAUAUCCAAGCUACUGAAAUCAGAAAAUGCCUUGAUUGAGCGUGCAAAGGAAAUGUGUACUGAUCUGCAGAGUGCAUCAGAUCAUAUUAAUUUACUGUCUUCAAAAUUAGAUUACAAAGAAACGAUGGAGGCAGAAAAUCAAAAAAUAAUCUUUAAUUUUGGGUCUCUGCUUAAUGAGAGCUUAAAAGACUUGCAUAAGACCAUUGUGGGAUCCAUUUCUCAACAACAGAAACGACUUAGAUGCAUGGAAGAUCGUGCCUGCUCCUAUCUUGCCAGUAAAAGUGAUGCAGCACAAGCACUUGAAUAUAGGAUCAAGAAAAUGACAGAGAUUUAUACUUCAGGAGUAGGGACCCUGAAGGAGUUAGCUAAUACAUUGCAUAUGAAAGCUUCAUCUGAUAUGGAGCACAUACAAUCUAAAGUUUCAUCACAGACAUUGGCUGUUGAGAAUUUUCUUGCCGCUGCCGUUCUUGAAGCCAAGGAUGUGAUAUGCGACAUCCAGAAUUCUCUUGAUGAGCACAAGCAGCUGUUAGCAUUCUCCAUUCAACAACAAGAGGAAGGAUUACAGCAAAGUCUGACUUCAGCACAAGUGGUUUCAGAGGCAACUGUAAACUUCUUUAGUGACAUUCAUCUGCGUUCUUCAACAGUCAUGAAAAUUAUUGAAGAAACUCAAAAUGAGAGGUUCCAACAAUUAGCUAAUUUUGAGAAGAAGUUUAAGGAAGAGGUAGCGAUGGAGGAGGGGCAGGCCUUAGAGAAAAUCGCAGCAAUUUUGGCAGCCUUGACAUCUAAGAGAACUGCUAUGGUCUCAGAGGCAUCAAGAAAUAUGCAGGACAUGAGUAAGCAACAGUCUAAGAGAUUGCAACUAGAGAUGCUCAACAUGCAGCAGGUUUCAAAAGAUGCUAGUAAGGAAGUGAGUGAAUAUGUAGAGAAUGCUAAAAGUCAUUUUGUGGAACAAAUAUUCUCAGCAAGUGGUAUUAAAGCUACAAUGGAAAAUUGCCUCUUGGUGUGCUCAAAGAAUGUGGACUGUUCCAGGCAGCAGUGGGAAAGCGCUCACUUGUCCUUCAACAAUCUCCAUAAGAGCAGUCUUGCGGAGAUAGAAUCUACAGUGAAGGAAAAUAUCUUGACAAAUCAUGCUCUGAAUCGAGAAUUUGUAUCUGCAUCAUUAGCAAUGGAUUCGGAUUAUGAUUCCGGAAUCCACAACCUGCUCGCAGAUGUAAAUGGUGCACGGAUGAUGGACCAUGAGCACAAGAAGGAAAUUGAUUCUAUGACUACAAGGUGGUUGGAGCAGCUUAACUCAGUACAAGAUAAGCAUGGUGAAAGUAUAUCAAAUAUCCAUGUACAAGCAGAAAAGUGCCUUGCUAAAGAUUACAUGGUUGACCAGAAUACAAGUUCAACAUCUCAGAAAAAAAUUGUAUCAGUCCCCAGCCCUGCAUCCAUUGAAGAGAUGAGGACACAGAUCAUAGAAGACAGUUGCACAGAGAACCGAUCAAAAUGGAUCCAAGCAGAAAGCAAAAUCCCUCGUCUAGCAGCAUCUCCAAAUCGAACUCCUUUUGCAGAUGUGAAUUGA